AUGAAGUUUUACUGUGAUUACUGUGACACGUUUCUGACCCACGACUCGCCGUCGGUUCGAAAAACCCACAACCAAGGCCGAAAGCACAAGGAGAACGUGCGAGAGUUCUAUCAGAAAUGGAUGGAAGCUGAAGCACAGAAGCUUGUUGAUGCCACCGCUAAGGCUUUUGCCGCCCAGAGACCUGGUGGCCCACUUGGAUUACCUACGAUGCGAGCUGCCCCAUUCAUGCCGAUGGCUCCAAUGAAUCCUAUGGCAGCAUAUCAUGCACCAUUUCCUACUGCUCCUGGGAUGAACCCAUAUGCGAUGAUGCGAGGUGGAAUGAUGGGUGGCCCACCACGUGGCGGAGGUCCAAUGAUGCAU